AUGGAUACGAUUUUUGCCCUAAGGCAUUCAAGAAUUUGGAUUCAAAGUGGAGAGUGAGUUGGAUUUACAGGGGAAGUUUCUCAAAAUUCAACAAUUUUGAUGAUUUUCAGACCGCGCCAAACUAUAAAAUUGCAUCUUGUGUGAUUGAAAAGAGCAUGUCAACAGUUUUGGCGGCAAUUACUUGUUAUUUAUACGAUUCGGAAAAGUUUAUUCAGAGUAAUAGAUCAAUAACUUCGGAUGUUUAUCAGACAAGGUUUGUGUCACCUUUUCAAUAAUUUUUUGUCGUUUUCUGUAUCUAGGUUUUGUCAAAAUGUCAACGAAUUCAAAAGCGUCAACCAACUCGAGGAAGCGUUGAAAGUUCGCCGAUUUGAUUGGCUUUACUUCACCGUGGUUCGUGAUCCCAUCGAUCGGUUUUUCAGUGGGUUUGUGGAUAAGUGCCUCAGGUAGGAAUUCAUUUGCAUAGUGAAAAAGUACUAGUCUUUUUGGCCCACCUAGUACUAAUCCAUUCGCAAAGUUGCUGGAGUGAUUUUAGCGACGUGCACGCAUAAGAAAAGUCAGCCCGGAAAAGCCCAUUGCAUGGUUUAAAAAGCCGAAAAUUUCACAGUGCAAAGUGAAAUUUUGUUUUCUCAGAGUGCAUGUCGCUGAAAUCACUCCAGCGACUUCGCGCCGGGCUUGCCCGACAAGCAAUCAGCACAAUGCGAAAGAAAAAUCACUGUGCUUUGGUUGCUUUCUUCAAUACAAUUCAUUUCGCACUGAGCGUAGCUCGAGAAUCUUAUCAGUCUGUCGGGAAAAUAACGAGCACUCUGUCGCGUUAAAAAUCGCAUCGCCGCCGAGAAAAUGAAUUGUGUCGUGGCAAAAUCGAGUUUCUUUUAGCUUCUGCGGCGCAAUAGGCACAGCGACAUUGUGAUUUUAUUUUCUCGACAUACUGGUAUUGUAUCCACAAAAAAUCAUAAAUUAAUGCAUAGUACAAUAUGCCACGCUCUUUGAAAUGCUAGAAAAGAGACACGUACUAAUAAAAAUUCCAUUUUAGAGACACCCGACGCCUCUCAGCCGCUGAUCGCUGCUUUGGCUGUAAAGAAGACGUUGAUUGUGUAAUCGAACGACUUCACAAACGGUCCAUUGCAUUUUCGCUGGGACGAACAAAGGGCAUUUCGUUUGACGACAUUCAUUUCUUCCCUCAGAACUGGUAAGAAUAUUACUCAUGUAUUUUCAAACCUCAGGCAUUGCAAUAUGAAACAAACCUAUGACUCGCUCAAAUACGUCAAAUUCGCGUCGCCAAAGCGCUUGGAAUACCGAGAGAUGGUUGAGAAAAUGUUGGGGUUCUUUCGAGAUCAAGGCGUUGAGCUGGAGAAGCUGCAUUUUAUCCGGUAAGAAGUGCCUUUUAAAUAAUUAAACUAUGAAUGUUUACACUUCAGGAAGUCGCUGAACACCGGCCAGACAAGACAUUCAACGUCGAAUUUGGAUCAGCGAAAAGAAAUUGAAGCCAAAGUCAGGGCAAACUCGACGUUAAUGCGGAAAUUGGUGCAAACUUUUUACUUUGAUAUGAUUCUUUUUGAUUUUGACAUACCAAAUUUGGAUUUUUAA